AUGAGACUGCCGAAUUUAUGGGAGGUCUUGAGCCGGAGGACAUUGGCACCGGUCGAUCUCUUCUCCUUCUACAUUUAUAUGCGCGAUGUUCAGCGCAGCGUGGACUAUCUUGACUUUUGGCUCGAUGUCUCUCAACACAUGUCACUCUGUCGCCACUACGUCCGCGAACUCCGCCGAUCCGUCCUCGUAUCCACGCCCGACCUCGAAAAAAGCGGCUCGAAACGAUCAUCACAAAUCCUGGACAAUUACAAUAAUGAUCGUCGAUCCUCCGAGCAAGGACCCAGCGGUCUAUACACCGAUGCAAAAGAGCGACAGACACCAGAUCAACGCCUCUCUGCGUUUCUACGGAAUGACAAUGGAAGUCACCACAGUCCCCAGCACAGCCAGGGCAGCACCAACCAUUCGGAACACGCACCAGGCGCUGAACAUCAGCCGCGACCCAGCUUCAUGACCAACAACUCUGGUUCUCCCAAUGUCAACCACAGCAACAGCAGUCCGCAGAAUACCGUCGCCCGAGCAGAUAUUCGCGCAUCGGCGGAGAAGAUCCUCUACACAUUCCUUCUUCCUGGCGCCGAACGAGAGAUCAUCCUUCCCCAAGGCAUUCUCAACGACAUCACCAAUAGCAUUGAGACGGAGGGAAGAGACGAUCCAGAGGUCUUUGACGCAGCUAAGGACUAUGUUUUUCAGGCCAUGGAACGCGAUGCCUUUCCCGGGUUUCUGCGAGCAAAGGCACUGGGCAAUAUUGUGCAGCCCUCUGUCAUGCUGCGCUUGAUCAUCGGACUGGUCUCAUUCUUCGGAGCACUAUGGGCAGCGUUCGUUCUCAUCUUCCUCGACAAAAACAGGGCGACGCGAUGCUGGCUCAUCCUCCCUUUCACGGUUGGGAUCUACUUUCUGGGAUCCCAUCAGUACAUGCUGGACCCAAUCCUGGCGCUGCUCGGCUACAGCGAGUACACGUUUAUGAACUUUGCACGCAUCAAGGAGCCGUUUGUGAGGAAACUUCUCAACAAGCGCGCACUGAUGUGUCUGGCAGGGAUGCUAAUACUGGACGUGGCAAUACUCUGCCUGUUCAUCUUUGUCCCCGGAAAGCGACUAUGA